ACGGGGUCAUUCACAUUCACACCCACACUUGACACCCUCUGUCCCUCGUCUAUAUCUCUGGCCAGAGCCACAGCAAUGACGUCGCACUACUUUGACGUGACAACCAUGUGUGGGCAGGCAUGGGUCAAGGUCUCUACGUACACCACGCAGCUGGAGGUGUACAACAAGCACUGCAUGCUGUUCACCGCGCCCGGUGAUGACGGCGGGCCGUGGCGUGUCCUCGAUGCCUUUCCGCUCGACACCUUUGUGGCUACAGAAGUGACCCUCGAUCCGCAUCUGCUUGUCCUCCACGUCGGCCUUCCGCUUGAUCUCGUCUCACAGUUCACGCCGCCAGCGUCGGUGGCCGACGGUCUCGCCGGCGAUCUCAUCGGCCCGCUGGAGACCGGCGACACGGGCGUUCUUGUCGGACGCGUUGCCGCCAUCUCGGACUAUCUGGCGUACGUCUCGUGCGAGGCUGAUCCGGUUUCUGGCCGUCCGGAAGGCCUCGGCAUCGUCGUCGAUGUCGGUCGCGCUGUCUUUACGCUGCAGGGCCUCGACGAUGAGCAGACCCACGCGUGGGCAACCCAGAUCAAGUACCACAUCGCGUCGGGCUUCACCCGCCCGCUCCAUGCUGCUGAUACUGCCGGCCUCGCCGCGUCGGCUGGCCUCGUUCCGGCCACCGCCGUCGUCUGCACAUCGGCCGGCGGCGCGUCGUUUGCCGAGAACAUGUCGCUCUUCCGCAAGGCCUUUGCCUCGGCCCGCCUCGUCCAUGCUCCACUUCUCCGCGCCGGCAUUGUGCUCCCCGGUGAGCCGUGCUUCCUCGGCUCGGACGUCGCCCGCUGGAUCGCCGCCACCUUUGCUACAGCCACCGUCGACCAGAUCGCCGUCAUCGGCCAGUCUAUGAUCCUCGAGGGCGUCAUCGAGCCAGUCGCCGACUCGGGCUCGCGCACCUUUAAGGCCGCCUUUGUCGUCUACCGCCUCACGACGGCUGCGCCGCCUGCGUCCGAGGCUGCGGCGGGCGAGAAGCCCGUGUUCAAGUUUGGCGGUGGGGCGGCCGGCAGCGAGAAGGGCGGCGCCUUCAAGUUCUCCUUUGGCAAGCCCGCGGCGGCGGCGGGCGAGGGCGAGGCUCAGGAGGACAAGCCCAAGUUCAAGUUUGGUGGCGGCAGCAGCUCGUUCAAGUUUGGCGGCUUCUCGCCGGCAGGUGCGGCCGAUGCUGCGGCCGAGGGCGAGCAGGACGAGGCCAAGACGAACCCCAAGGCCAAGGCCAAGGUGACGCUCGAGGAGGUCGAGGUCAAGACCCACGAGGAGGACGAGGACAUUGCGCUCGAGCUCCGCGCGCGGCUCUACCGCAUGGAUGACGAGGCCGAGGAGUGGAAGGAGCGCGGUACCGGCACCGUCAAGCUGCUCAAGCACAAGGAGACGGGCAAGGUCCGCAUCCUCAUGCGCCGCGACAAGACGCUCAAGAUUUGCGCCAACCACUUUAUCACCGCCGACAUGAAGCUUGUGUCGAACCCGUCGUCCGACAAGGUGUGGAUGUGGAAGACGCUCGCCGACCGCUCCGACUCCAAGGAGGGCAUCAUCGACGACGCCACUGAGGAGAGCCUCCUCAUCCGCUUUGGCUCGGUCGAGAACGCGCAGAAGUUCAAGGCUGCGUUCGAGGCUGCUGCCAAUGGUGAGGACCCCGCGGCGGCGGCGGCAGCGGUUGCUGGCGCGGCGUCGACCACCACUACCACCACCGAGGCGGCGGCUGCUGCUCCGGCUGCCGAGGCUCCGGCUGCCGAGUAA